CCCUAUAAUUCAGUCGCCCAGCGACAGCGAUAGCAAUGUCCACGAUGAAGCUAACUUGGUACACCAUAGUGUAUACCCCUCGCUUUGUCCCGUGUUUUUCUAUCCCUUCUAUUCAAUAUGAGCCAACCGGGCAUCAUUGCAAGAUACCUGAUGCUGCACUUCGAGCAUCGCAACCUCAUCAACCAUGGAGCCCUAUGAUACUUCUGUAGUCCCUGGUCUCCAACCACAAAAUCAAACCAAGCUACAUGAAGUUUUAAGUUCCCAAGGAUAUCCGCUAACUCGCCCUCUCGACAGAUACGAUUACCUCUUCAAGCUCCUCCUCAUCGGAGAUUCCGGUGUCGGAAAGUCUUGCCUCCUAUUGCGAUUUGCCGAUGAUACCUACACCGAAUCGUACAUCUCAACCAUCGGUGUUGACUUCAAAAUCCGAACUAUCGAGCUCGAUGGAAAGACCGUGAAGCUGCAAAUUUGGGAUACUGCUGGCCAAGAACGAUUCCGAACCAUCACUUCCUCCUACUACCGAGGAGCCCACGGUAUCUGCGUCGUCUACGAUGUCACCGACAUGGACAGCUUCAACAACGUCAAGCAGUGGCUGCAGGAGAUUGACCGAUACGCUACCGAAGGUGUCAACAAGCUGCUUGUAGGCAACAAGAGCGAUAUGUCGGACAAGAAGGUUGUCGAGUACACAGUUGCGAAGGAGUUCGCCGACAGCCUUGGCAUUCCGUUCCUCGAGACUUCGGCCAAGAACGCUUCCAACGUCGAGCAAUCUUUCUUGACCAUGGCCCGACAAAUCAAGGAGCGUAUGGGAACGCAGUCCACCACGAACACCAAGCCUGGCGUUCAAGUCGGCCCCGGACACAGCGUCUCCAACUCGCCCAGCGGUGGCUGCUGUUAAGUCAGCAAAACUAUGAUACCCUCGUACAACAACACCCUCGCAUCCAUUUUGAUUUCCUGGGAUGGACUGACAGUAAAGGCAUGCAUAUGUAAUCAGGAUGGCAAAAGAGGUGGGAUGUGUUUACUUUUCGCUUUUGAUUGCGGAUAGAUGAAAUGAUCACUUCACUUGGAUCCUACCUAAUAGCCGAAUCGUCCAUCGAAUCGUUCUGCGGA